UUGUUUGGUUUCCCUCUAUAUAUAAGGCAAGAGAGCCCUCUGCUUGUGCAUGAUUAAUAAAUUUUGUGUCACCUUCUGCAUGAAUAAUAACAUAAUAAUGGACCUUCAUAAUGAGUUAUUAAAGCUUGAUAAUCCUAUAUUAUCUCCAAAUAGAAGAACCAUGUACCAAUAUUACUUGAGAAAAGCCUCAUUGUUAUUCCUCUUAAUAUCUGUAUCAUCUUUCCUCCUUUCCUUCUUCACAGGCCUCCCCUUCCUUCACACUUACACUUACAAUUUCUCGACGUUUCUCCUUCAUUUUCUCACCCAAACCUUUGAGAGGAAGUACAUGUUUCUCCUUUGCAACGGAAUCCUCGUCUUUCUUGCUGGUAGACCCUCCUGUUUGCCUUCUACAGGGCUUGAUCAGAUGCAGGCCGAGGGCGAGGCAGAACCUGACAACGUUAUCAAUGUAAAUAGCAUGAACGUCGAAGAAAACUACCCUCUGUAUGAUGAUGAGACUAGAGCAGAAGAUAAUGGAGCCGCGGAUGAUACUAUUAUUGGCAUGGAUAACGAAGAGGAGGACAGUGGGAUAGUUGUUGUUGGACAGGAACAGUAUAAUGAUUCAGAGACAGAAAGUGAAGAACCUGCAAGCAAUACAGAAGAAUUGAAUAAGAAGAUUGAGGAGUUUAUAAGGAAGAUGAAGGAAGAACUUAAGCUUGAAGCUCGACAGCAACAAAUCAUUGCUGCUUAAUCUUAUCUAAUAAUCUUGGUGGAAAAUACUACUCUCUCCGUUUUCCUUUGUUGUUCCUAUUUGAAAUCUUGGUCAAAGUACGAAGAACUUUCGCAACCAAAGGAAGUACCGUGCAUUACUCAAUACUCAUUUACCCUGUUAUUCCAUAAUUUUUGUUUUCUAAGCUCUGGAAGUUUUAAGGGUAAAACUUAGCUUAAUUUAGACCACUCUUAAUUUGUAGAUCAUGAAGAAUGAUAUAACUCCUACAAGUUUAAUGGCAAAGUUCAUCUUUUUGGCUCCAACAUUUUCAGUUGCUAUACUCAGUUUCAUCAACCCGGAAUGAUUCACAUAAUCAUAAUUCUAUACCUCACAUUAGUCACAUGUACUUUAGUCUUUACGUGCUACUUUUAGAAAAUGAUGCGUGAUUACAUAAUAAUAGCCCUUUUUGCCUUGCGAUUAGAACGUAGGAGAUUUGGACUUCAUAAUA